AUGUCGCAGUCCCCAAGGGAUCCAGAGGAUGUCGACCCGGCUACCGCUCCAUCGCCCAACGACGAUGAACCGGCCCAGCAGAACAACGAGAACAACGACGGCAACGAGAUGAAUCGCACCGACGAUGUCGGCUAUGAUUUCGAGGUCAAAGAACAGGACCGGUGGCUUCCCAUCGCGAAUGGUGAGUAACGACACUACCUGCCUGCCUGCCCGCUGCGCUGCGCUGCGCUGCAAUGAGAUUCUUGCGUUGGUGUUGUAGCACCUUGCGUCCCAAGCACCACUCCGUGCAAUCCUUGUCCUCCCCGUCAAUUCUUGUGUACCCAUUCCCUUCCUUUGACACCUGCACAUCAUCAAUCCGGACGCUGUGGCUAGCGUCGCCAAUCUGCCCACAUAUAACGCUGCACUGCGCGUCUGCUUCUGCAAGUCCGUCGAAUCAGAGGCUCCUUGGCCAGCCAGCGAUCUGCAGCCAUCGUCGUCGUUGCUGCCGACUGGACCAACUCACCAGACCGACGUGCCCAAACCAUGCCGUCGCCAUCCCCGCAUUCAUCCUCCUCGCCGCAGAACCAGCACUCCCAGGGCCAUUCGAGGCAUCGUAAUCACAGAAACUUUGACCACGAUGCUAACAUACACAACUUUGCUCCAGUCGCUCGCAUCAUGAAGACGGCGCUCCCCGAGAACGCCAAGAUUGCCAAAGAGGCCAAAGAAUGCAUGCAGGAAUGCGUGAGCGAGUUCAUCUCCUUCAUUACGAGUGAGGGUACGUACCUCUGUUCUAUCGUGCACGACUGCCGGUAGCGCCGUCCAGCGCGGCUAUUAGCGUGGUACAGCAAGCGCUGAUUUCUGAAACAGCAUCGGAGAAGUGCCAGCAGGAGAAGCGCAAGACCGUGAAUGGCGAGGACAUACUCUUCGCGAUGACCUCGCUUGGCUUUGAGAAUUACGGCGAGGCAUUGAAAAUCUACCUCGCAAGAUACCGAGAGGUGAGUACUCGAGACACAACUGGCAAUUCGUCCGUUCCUUAUGCCAGUAUAUCUACCCUCAAUAUCCUUAUCACUGACACCACCCGAGAACCUCGUUGCUCGCGGGGAACAUCAGAAGCUUGGACCUGGCGGAAGUGGAUCCGGAAACGUAGCAUCUCCCGGCUUCGACGGUGCAAACCACAACGCUCUGGGCAUGGAUCCUGCGGGCGAAGGCGCUCCCGACUUUGGAUACGGUCCUCCAGGUGGCGGCGACUAUUAG